AUGAGCUCUACUGAGAAGGCCAUCAACAUUCCAAACUCCACCGCGAAGGAGAGCAACCCCGAGCAGCAAGAUGAGUUGCUUGCAAGUAUCCCUGUAACAUGGACCGGCCCCGAUGAUCCAGAGAACCCGCUCAACUGGCCAAAGACGCGCAAAUGGGGCCCUACCUUGAUCACCUCUGCAGGGGGGCUUGUUACCUUGAUGAGUGGCUCAAUGCUGGCACCUGCACUCGAGGACAUUAGUCGUGACAUUCACGCCGGAGAAGAGGCCACCAAUAUGGUUCUCUCAAUCUUUGUCCUGGCGUUUGGCUGCGGACCGAUGGUGCUGUCUCCUCUGAGCGAGGUUUAG